AGAGCAGACGCCUGUCUAAAACUUCCGUUGACUUCGGCUUGUCUUAUUUUUACUGUUGAACGUUGUUUCUUAGGCUCACAUUUUCGUUUUACCAGCUAUGGCAUUAUAAUGCGACACUGUCAGCAAUGUAACAGUUAGCACUGACUCGCUAAUUCUGGAUUUUGCGUUCCAAAAUUUAGUAUGAGCACUACGACCUCCCGUGAUACGAUAUGGUGGGAAAAAUAUAUUCCCAAGGACCAAUUGAUCCAUCUUGUUGCCGGAGGAGUUGCUGGAGGAGUCUCAAGAACAUGUGUUUCUCCGUUGGAACGAGUGAAAAUGCUGUUACAGAUUCAAGUUUCCGAGGCAAGAUACACCAGUGUAACACAGACUCUGAUGAAAAUUGGAAAAGAAGAAGGAUUGUAUGGCUAUUUCAAGGGGAAUGGAACCAACAUUGUUAGAAUCAUCCCGUACACAGCAGUGCAGUUUGCUGCAUAUGAAGAGUUUAAGAAGCUACUUAAAAUUCCUGAAGACACAAGAGAACAGCACCCAAUAAUGCGACUAACAGCUGGAGCAAUGGCAGGAAUUGUGUCGUCCACUGUCACGUAUCCUCUUGAUUUAAUUAGGACAAGACUAGCUGUUCAAGGAGAAGGAAGUGAGAGACGCUAUAGAAAUAUACGACAUGCAUGUGUUACCAUUGUCAGAGAAGAAGGAGGCUUAUUGAGUGGAUGUCUAUUUAGAGGACUAGGACCAUCACUUAUAGGGAUAGCACCUUACAUAGGAAUGAAUUUUGCAGUCUAUGAGAGCUUAAAAGGCUAUGUGAUGACCUACUACCAUGCUGAGGCAGGUGGACACAAGUUAAGAGUGCUCACACAUGAACAAGACUUACCUGUUGUCGUCAAACUCUCAUGUGGAGCUGUUGCUGGUGCCAUAGCACAAACUGGUACAUACCCUCUUGAUGUGGUACGUCGUCGAAUGCAGAUGAAGGGUGCAACUGGCGAACUGUUCAAGUACAACUCAACGUGGCAUGCUUUUAAUGUGAUUGCUAAAACUGAAGGAAUUCAUGGUCUUUUCAAGGGAAUGUGGCCAAAUCUUUUGAAGGUGGCACCCACUAUUGGAAUUCAGUUUGCUGUGUAUGAAGUGUGCAAGUCACUUUUACAUAACUACAGUCUGACUGAAAGUUUGUAAAAUACUAGAAAAGGACAUUGUCAGAAGAUUCAGAUUUUAAAUUGAUGUGACAUACAGUUGAACUACAUGCAUGCACACCAACCAUGCAAUGGAGACCAUGCUCUGCAGAAGAGUAGUUUACCGGUGGUCCUGUUAUUGAUUAUGAAUUUUGUCAUAACAUUGUCAAAGUAGCUGUGGAUUUACGAGGCGAUAGCCGAGUGGAUCCACAG